GCUCAGAGCCACAGACAGAAAGAGAGCGAGCCAACAGAGGUCUGUGCAAGGGUCUGGGAAUAUCGGCAACACUUUCACUAGGUGGGAUACAACACUGACAUACCACUAUUUGGGGGAAAGCUGGCAAACAUAAUUUGGAAGUCUUAUUGUGAGAAGGAUCCCUUCAAUCCGCACGACUCUCUAAAGUAGGUGUUUUUAUAGAGACCGUCAAGUAUAAUCUCCAGCUUUGUGGGGGUCACAACAUGCAUGGACUGGUAGUUUGACAUUGGAAUUGCCUUUCUGGGUUUCAGUCAAGUUGUAAGGGAUUCAGUCAUCUAGUCAUAUUUCCAGUGUUAUUCUUGUUGUUUUUUUGUAAAAUGGCAUCAGACUUGACAGCUUCUACUGCUAAUCAUGACAGUUAGAGAAUGGACUUUCCUGGACAUUCUUCCUUGAGCUGCUCACUCCCCCCUCAGCUCUGCGGCUGAACCAGAGUGGGUGUAGGGCAGCAUCAGGGACACUCAGGCUUCUCAUGAUGGGGAACGUCAUACGUGGCGCUGUGGCCUUCAUCCCCUCCGAGCGCUGCCAGCGUUUCCUGGUGGGCGACCUGAAGGAGAUGCCUCUCGAUCGGACACUAGACCUGAGCAAACUGCAGCUGCGUCGUCUUCCUGUGGCUGCCUGCCUGUUCAAUGAGCUGGUCAAGCUCUACCUAAGUGGCAACAACCUGAGCACCCUACCUGCAGACUUGCAGGGCCUGAGGAAGUUGCAGCUCUUAGCUCUUGACUUCAACUGUUUCGAGGAGCUGCCUGCGGCUGUGUGUCAGCUACCUCAGCUUAACAUCCUGUAUCUGGGCAACAACCAGCUCUGGUGCCUCCCCCGGGAGCUGGGCGAGCUGAAAGAACUUAAUACCCUGUGGUUGGAGACUAACUGUUUCACUGAGUUCCCCAGUGUGGUCUGCGACCUCCCCAACCUCAAGACGCUCCAUCUGGGGUACAACCAGAUAAGCAAACUGCCCAUGGAGCUCGGUGGGUUAGAGGAGCUUAGGAGUAUCUGGCUAGCCGGGAACCAGCUGUGUGAGUUCCCGCCAGUGUUGCUCGCCAUGCACCUUCUGGCCGUGAUCGAUGUGGACCGCAACAAAAUCCGCCGCUUUCCUGGUCUGUCCCACUUGCAGGGGUUGAAACUGGUAAUCUACGACCACAACCCCUGUGUGAACGCACCUGUGGUCGGGGAGGGGGUCAGAAGGGUUGGACGCUGGGCAGACAGCUCGGAUGAUGAAGAGGAUGGUGAGGAUGGGUCGAAAGUGUGUGAGACUCCGACUGAGGUGAAGGAACUUGCCUCCGAGGGACAACUGGACUAACUACUUGAAAAGGGUUGUGGAAGCAUCUGACCUUAAACCGUGGAUAAACUGGAGAACAGGAUGCCAGUCAAGUGGAGCACUUACUAGAGAACGGCCACUUACUGGAGAAUGGCCAGCAGCCAGGCCUGAUGGUGUUUUGUUCCAAAUAUGGUCAGGCCAAUGAUAUGGACCUAAACACGGAUGACAAAUAAUAAGCUGUUACGAUUGGUUUUCCAUCAUGAUGAAACAUGGACCUCACGAAGAGCGCCAGGAGGAAUCUGAUAUGAAGUUCUCUACUUUUACACCACUGACUGCAGACUUGAAUGAUUUUAUUUUGCUCGUAUUCAGUUCAUUUUACAGGUGAUUUUCCAAUUCAAUUCAUUUCUGGAGACAUGACCCCCUGGGCACACCACGUCAUUUCAACAUGGAAAUUGGGGUAAUAUUGUUGAGACGUUGAUCAAUGUGAUUUCAACCUUUAAUCACCCACUCAAAAAUACAGACAGAAGUUUGUUGUAUUCCCAAUGUGUUAUCACUAUGGUUUCAACCAUCUGAAAGCACAACCAAAUUCCAAUGGAAAAACAAUGUCUGAUUUUUUUGUUUUGUUGUUAUCUAAAACGUGUUAUCACAGCACUUGAAACCAUUUAAAAGCACAACAAAGUUAGAAUGGUAAUACAAUGUCAGAUCUUUUGUAUUUAUACAACAACUUAAUGUGUUAUCACUGUGCUUCAUCUAAUAGCAGAACCAAAUGACUUGGAUUGCAGCUGAGAUUACAUUAAAAGUACAUAUUGCAAGUGAUCAAUGCUGUUAGAGAUGCUGCACAGAUUAUUUAAGCAUUUGUGAAGAUUUCCACAGACCUGCGACCUUUGCAUCUUGAACAAGCAUGCUUUCUAUGAUUACAUAGGAAGACAUUUAUAGUUACAUUACGGUAACCUCAACAUGUGGCCAUGGAUGUGUUACUCAUUUUAAGGUUGAAUAAGUAAUAUUACAUUAGUUUGUAAAAUAGCCUUAACUUUAGGCUAUUUACUGUCUUACAAAAGUAAUAUUGAAUUGUGUUUGGUUGACAACGCAACCAAAUAUCAACAUUUAAAGGAUAUCUAAUGCUUGCAUAGUUUCAUCUGAGCCACUGGCUAAAUCAUAUGCUUUACAUUUUAUUUUUGGUUUAGUUGGAGAUGUGAAUCCAACAUAAUUUGUUAACUUGUCGACAAGUUAAUAGGCUAUUUACUGUAUUGCAAAAGUGAUAUUGAAUUGUGUUUGGUUGUCAACGCAACCAAAUAUCAACAUUUUAAUGAGAUUUAUGUAUCUUUUGUGCCACUGACUUGGUCUGACUUUAAUUCCAGUCUGUCUACAAAUUAUUAAUUGAUAUGUUGGAUUAAAGUCUCAACCAAUAAUCAAGUUAAAUAAUAGGAAUACAUUUUAAAAAAACUUUAAAUGCACUUCAAAUAAAGAUUGAUUAGGUUCCAUUCAUUAAUUUCGAUUUUUGGUUAAGAUGGAAACAUGAAUCCAACAUAGCAAUGAUUAACUUGUAGAUUAAAUUUGAAAUCAACCAAAGCUUGAAACUCUAGGCCUUUAUGUAUUGUCUAUUUUUAGUUGAACCCUGGGUUGAAUUGAAACAAUAGCGGUUGAUUACUUAGCAAAUGUUAUAGGUCUGAAUAGUAUCAUUGAUGAUAUAUGACAAAUAGAGCAUGGUUACCCUUUAGAAUGACUUUGAGAGUAACAGUGAAUAUAUUUAAUUAUUAAGAGAUCUAUCAAUAAUCAUUAUCAUGAUAGCACAUUGGUAGUCGUCAGUGUCAAAUAUCAAAGGACUGGGCCUGCUUAAAAAAACCUGGAUGGGAUAUCAAAUGAAUAGCUGUUGUAGAUAGGUCAAGUAAGAGGUGCUGCCCGGCCUAUAGUUUUUUUUUCUGAUAGUGGAUAUACAAUUGAAGAUCUGACAUUGUUUCAAUGGUACAAACUCAACAUGUGUUACACAAGGUUUGCCUAUGUUGAAAAUUACAUUGAUAAAUUAUUUCAAAUCCUAUGUAUUUUCCAUGUAGAUUCCACAUCAAAAUAAGUUGACAAAUUACAUUGACACAAUGUUGAUUCAACCAGUUUGUGCCUAGUGGGAAGGAAAUUCUGCCAGGUGACUCUAUUCAUGAACCUUUGUUGGGGACAGCAUACUUACUGUACAGUGCAUUUGGAAAGUAUUCAGACCCCUUGACUUUUUCCAGAUGUUAUGUUACAACCUUAUUUUAAUAUGGAGUAAAUAGUUUUCAUUCAGGAUGUCUCUGUGCUUUGCUCCUUUCAUCUUUCCCUCUGUCCUGACUAGUCUCCCAGUCUCUGCCGCUGAAAAACAUCCCCACAGCAUGAUGCUGCCACCACCAUGCUUCACCGUAGGGAUGGUGUCAGGUUUCCUCCAGACGUGACACUUGGCAUUCAGGCCAAAGUGUUCAAUCUUGGUUUCAUCAGACCAGAGAAUCUUGUUUCUUAUGGUCUGAGUCCUUUAGGUGCCUGUUGGCAAACUCCAAGCGGGCUGUCAUGUGCCUUUUACUAAGGAGUGGCUUCCGUCUGGCCACUCUACCAUAAAGGCCGGAUUGGUGGAGUGCUGUAGAGAUGGUUGUCCUUCUGGAAGGUUCUCCCAUCUCCACAGAGGAACUCUGGAGCCCGGGUUCUUGGUCCCUGACCAAGACCCUUCUCCCCCGAUUGCUCAGUUUGGCCGGGCGGACAGAUCUAGGAAGAAUCUUGGUGGUUCCAAACUUCUUCAAUUUAAGAAUGAUGGAAGCCACUGUGUUCUUGGGGACCUUCAAUGUUGCAGACAUGUUUUAGUACCCUUUCCCAGAGCUGUGCCUCGACACAAUCCUGUCAUGGAGCUCUAUGGACAAUUCCUUCGACCUCAUGGCUUGGUUUUUGAUCUGACUUGCACUGUCAACUGUGGGACCUUAUAUAGACAGGUGUGUGCCUUUCCAAAUCAUGUCCAAUCAAUUGAAUUUACCACAUGUGGACUCCAAUCAAGAUGUAGAAACAUCUCAAGGAUGAUCAAUGGAAACAAGAUGCACAUGAGCUAGAUUUCGAGUCUCAUAGCAAAGGGUCUUAAUACUUAUGUAUUAAGGGAAUUUCUGUUUUUUGUCAUUUGUCAUUAUGGGGUAUUGUGUGUAGAUUGAUGAGGGGGAAAAAAUAUUGAAUCAAUUUUAGAAUAAGGCUGUAAUGUAACAACAUGUGGAAAAAUUCAAGGGGUCUGAAUACUUUCCGAAUGCUUAGUAUGUACUGUAUAGUAUUGUGAGUAGGUAUUAUUGUCAUAAAAAGAUUGAAUACAGAUAAUGUCGUCAUAGGCUAUUAUAAUUCACAGAGGCAGUGUUGAGUCACUUUUUUGGUUAUCAGUUGACUAAUGACUUUACAUAGACCUACCUAAUUUUCCACAUUUCUCCAGCAUAUGAAAAACUGUCCCUACCUGCCAAGGCUUAUUUCUGUGAGGUGAUUAAUAUCUAUGAUGGAUGGUUAAAGUCAAGCUAUGCACCUUUCAUCCAGAGUUAUGCAUAAUUUAGGUUAUCUGACAGAUAGGGCCAUAUAUUUGAUUCAAAUACUUUUAAUGGGUUUUAAUGUUAUCACAGGAGCUUCUUAUCUAUAAUAAAAUAAAAUAAAAACAGCUGUAUGAGACUAGCUCUAGAUAUGACACACAAGUGGAAUAUUGUGCUAUCUGAGAUUGAGUAAUAGGCUACAAGAACAACAAAUGUUGCCUAAUCAAAUCAUGUUGAAUAUUUUUUAGUUAUCACACUGUUGGCAGUGCACUAUUGUAAGAAAAGCUUGUGAUGAAGUUAUGAUUAUGCUGAUGGUGAUUUUGGUCUUGAAAUAUAGCAAACAUAUGAAUGUACUUCAUUUAGACUCUACUACUUUAAUCCAAUCAAAUGUUCACAAAUUAAAUUUAUAUAAUCUA